AUGCAAACUUAGGAUUUAGGAUAUCUUAUAAAUGCUUUAUAAUUAACUUAUGGUACCUCGUAAGAGAGUGUCAACAAUGGAGAAGCUCUAUUGAAAUAAGCAUCUUUAUAACCAUUAUAUGCUAUUUCAUUAUUAAGGAUAGUGGAUGAUUAAACAUAACCAGAAUUAUUAAGACAAAGUGCUGUUGUUAACCUGAAAACAUUUUUAGAAAAGCAUUGGGCUGAUAAGAAAGAACCAGGCCAUUAUAUUAUAAGUGUAGAAGAAAAAACCAUGAUUAAAGCAACUAUUAUUGAUGCUUUGGCAAGGUGUAUCCAAAUCAAGAAAUUAAGAUCAUAGUAUGAAGAUUUGAUUUACAAAUUAGUAGCUAUAGAUUUUCCUAAUGAUUGGCCAUAAUUAGUGCAAUAAUUAGUAAUUAAAUUAUAAAACUUUACUUCAUACGAAGACCUAUGGAGUGCGCUGCUUACAUUAAGACGUACAUGUGAAGUCCAUUAAUUUUUAUUGGAAAAUGAUCGUUAACCAUUGGAACCAAUAGUUGCUUCAACCUUCCCAAUUUUAGAAACUCUAAUCCAAAAAUUUUUAGAGGGCUACAACGAACAAAGUGGAUAACUCGUAAAAGUGAUUCUGAAGAUAUUCCAUCAUGCUACUCAUUUGGUGAUGCCAAUAUAUAUGAGAGAUUACAAUGUUGUAGCCAGAUGGAUGCUUUAUUUUAAGACAAUCAUAUAAGCCCCUCCACCUCCAGAGUUAUCAACAUUAACUUAAGAUGCUGAGGAAGAAACGAGAAGAGAAAAAACCUAUAUAUGGACAAAUAAGAAAUGGGCUAGCAGAAUUAUAUUGAGAUUCAUUUAGAAAUUUGCAAAUAAAAAAAUGGUUGAAUCAAAUAUGGCUGAGUUUGCAGAGCAUAUCAAAUCAACUUAUGCAAUCGGAUUUAUGGAAAUAUUUUAUAAGAUCUUAACAGACAACACCUAAUUCUAAGGACCUAGAACAUGCCUAUUUGCACUCAAAUAUUUAUUCUAUUCCUUAAAAUUAGACAAUACUAAAGAAUUGCUCAAACCUCAUUAUGAUAAACUUAUAUAUCAUGUUGCUAUUCCAAAAAUGCAAUUAACUCCAAGAGAUGAUUAAUUAUGGAAAAGUGACCCUGAAGAAUACAUCAAAAGACUAGAUGAUUUCUCGCUUUCAACUUACAAUAUCAAGAAUCCUGCCAAUGACAUUCUUUAGGAAGUUUGUUUAUAAAAAGAUAUAAAUGGAAAUUUGAUGUUGAUUUCAUUUCUUAAUUAUUGUUAAACUGCCUUUAGCACUAAUAUUGAUCCAUUAACAAAUCAACCUUUAGAUCUCCUGAAGAAAGAAGCAUUAUUAUGGGGUAUUGAAAGUUUGGUUCACUAAAUUUCAAAAAUAAGUUCCAUUUAAGGUGGUUUAGAAUAAAUCUUAGAGAAAUUCAUUCUUCAAGAGUUCUAAAAUCCAGUUGGAUUUUUGAGAGCUAGAGCCUGCCAUGUAUUUAAUGAGUAUGGCUCUAUUGAAUUCAAAAAUAAAUAAAAUAUAUAAUUGGCAGUUUAAGGAAUAUCGAAAUGUAUAUUAGAUAAAGAAUUACCAGUCAGAGUGGCUGCAGCUAUAGCAUUUAGUUCAAUUCUUUAACACAAGGAAGCUUAAGAUUUGAUAAGACCAUAAUUGAGUUAAGUGUUGGAAAUAUACAUUAAAUUGAUGGAAUUGAUUGAUAAUGAAAAGAUUGUAAGAUCAUUAGAAGAAAUAGUUAAGAAUUUUACAAAUGAAAUCACACCUUAUGCUCAUUAAUUAUCUGCUCAUAUUGCUACUAUUUUCUAAAAGUAUUGCAAAAAAUAGAAUUAAGGAGAUGGUGAUUCUGAUGAUGACGGUGAAGCUGAGUUGGCAGCAUCUGGAUGUUUAGAGGCUAUCAAAAGGAUCUUGAAUGCUCCACUCCAAUAAGAGUCCUAUACAUAAUUGGAAUCAGUAAUCUUUCCAAUUAUUAACUUUGCCUUAACAGAAACUGGAUGUGACUUCAUUAAUGAGGCAUUAGAGAUUUUGAAUAUAAUGCUUUAUAAAAGAUAACAAUUGACUCCAGGCUUAUGGUUCUAUUACCCCGUCUUAUGUUACAUUAUAUUGGGAAUCCCUUAGGAAACCAAUGUUUAUAGUAUCUAAGGUUUAUCAGAGGAUUAAUAUGUAUUGCUAGAGGGAUGCAAAAAAGAUUGGGGAAGUGAAUUCGUUUCCUAAAUAUUAGGAUCCUUCAGAAACUACAUUUAAAAAGGAGGAGCUACAUUUUUGACUUAAAACGAUUACUUUGGCAAUUCAUUCAUUUCUUUGGUCUUUAGAUUCAUCUAAAAAAUCUAUGCUGUAGCUGACAAUGGAAGUGAUGAAACAGACUAAAACCAAGUUACCACUAUACUAAUAGCAUUAAUCGAAAAUUAUCCUGGUCAAGUAGAUAAUCUGAUUCCAUAAAUCAUAGACUUUACUCUACUUAAUUUAUAAAAAGACAAGAAAACAAAUAGAUUCAAAAUUGUCAAUAUCGGAGUCUUAUGCAUGUGUAUCUGGUAUAAUCCUAAUCUUGCAGUUAAUUAUUUAAAUAGUAAAGGAUUGACAGAUCAAAUCUUAUAAACUAUGCUCUCAAUGGAAAAAUUCUAUAAAUAUGAAUAGGAUAUCAAUAGAUUGAUCUUUGCUCUUUGUUAAUUAUAUUCCCUACCAUAAAUACCUAACUAUUUAUUAUAGACAUCAUCAGAGAUUGGAAAGCUAUUUGUGAGACUAUCUACUAAAAUAUUGGAAUUAAGAGAAGAAGAGGAAUCUUGUGAUUAAGAAGAUCAAGCUGAAGAAGAAGAAGAUCUCAAAAAAACUAUUGAAAAAAUCUAAGAUCUAGAAUAGGACGACGAUGAAGAUGAUGAGGAUUAUGAUGAAGGUGAUGAUGAAUAUGCUGAACUUUAUGAUAGUCCAUUGGAAGAUUACGAUGCCAUUUUAUUAAUGGAAAAAUUAGUCUUGACUUUGCAAUAAACUAAUCAGUAAUUGUAUGCUGCCUUAUUCUCUUAAUUGAAUCAAUAAGAAUAGGAGUAAAUGACAAAAAACAUAAAGGAUGCUAAGGAAUAAUACGAUGAAUGGCUCAAACAAAAGUAAUAAAAAAAUAAGUGAUAUUUGUUUAUAUAUCAUUAUAUCUAUAAUGAUUAAAUCUUUUUAGAGCAUAAUUUUUAAAUAAUAACUA